GCGCCUCUCUGUCGUGGCGCGGCCUCCCGCGGUCUCCUCUGCAAAUGGGCUCCGUGGCCUAGCGCCCCCCGUCCCCGCCACCCGUGACCGUGCGCCGAGGCCCGCGAGGGGUCGCCGCCCAGAUCCCACCAGCCAGCAAGCUAGAGCAUGGCGGCCAUCCCCUCCAGCGGCUCGCUCGUGGCCACCCACGACUACUACCGGCGCCGCCUGGGUUCCACUUCCAGCAACAGCUCCUGCAGCAGUACCGAGUGCCCCGGGGAAGCCAUUCCCCACCCCCCAGGUCUCCCCAAGGCUGACCCGGGUCAUUGGUGGACCAGCUUCUUUUUCGGGAAGUCCACCCUCCCGUUCAUGGCCACGGUGCUGGAGUCCGCAGAGCACUCGGAACCCCGCCAGGCCUCCAGCAGCAUGACCACCUGUGGCCUGGCUCGGGACGCCCCGAGGAAGCAGCCCGGCGGUCCGUCCAGCACAGCCAGCGCUGGGCCCCGGUCCUGACCUGAGCGGUUACCAACAGCCGCAGGCCUGCGGAGGCGCUAGUCCACCAGAGCCCCUCCCCGCCCCCUCCCCACUCCCCGCCCCACCCCCACCCCCCAUUCCCCGCCCCCUCCCCACUCCCCGCCCCACCCCCACCCCCCAUUCCCCGC